ACAGGGGACCCCCCCCAAAAUCAGACACCCCUCCCCAAAAUAAUCCUGGGACCCCUCCCCAAAAUCCACCUGGGACCCCCCCAAACCCAUCUCCCCCUCCCCCAACCCCGACCCCAGUGGGGGGGGGGGUGGGGGGGGGCCCUGACCCAAAUUUGGGGUCCCCAACGCCCCCCUCCCCCUGCCCGUUUCAGGGUCCUGGGGCCCCCCCGCGCCCCCCCGCGCUGGGCGUGGCCCGGGGGGGUCCCGGGGGGGGCGCUGCGGUUCCUGCCCCGCCCGGGGGGGCGGCGGCUGCAGCUGCGCCUGGGGGGGGGGACGCGCCCCGGGACCCUCACCAGCGUCUUCGGGGCCCUGCGGGGGCGGCUGGAGCCCGACUGUUACGUCAUCGUGGGGGCGCAACGCGAUUCGCUGGGGCCGGGGGCGGCGGCCUCGGGCGUGGGCACCGCCCUCCUGCUGGAGCUCGCCCGGUUCUUCGCCGCCAUUGGCAGAGAGGGCUUCCAGCUCCGCCGGACGCUGCUCUUCGUCAGCUGGGACGGGGGCGAGUUCGGACAUUUGGGGGCCACCGAGUGGCUCGAGGGCUACCCCGGCCUCCUGCACACCAAAGUCGCCGCCUACAUCAGCCUGGACCGCGCCGUGCUGGGGGCCGAUCGGUUCGUGGUCCGGAGCAGCCCCACCCUGGUGACGCUGAUCGAGAGCGCCCUGGAGCAGGUGGAGAGUCCGAACGAGGGCGGGAAGAGCCUCCUGGAGCAGCUGACGCGGCCCGGGCGGGGCUGGGAGAGCGACGUGCUCCGGCCCCUGUCCCCCGAGAGCGGCGCUUUUCCCUUCACGGCGGCCGCGGGGGUCCCGGCGCUGGAGCUCGGCUUCGAUGAGGCGGCGGGCGGUGGCUCCCGCGCGGCGCUGGGGACCCCCGAGGACACGCUGGCCCGCCUGGGGGGGCGGCUGCGGGGGCGGCUGCCGGCGGUGGCCCGCGCCGUGGCCGCGGUGGCCGCGCAGCUCCUGCUGCGCCUGGGCCACGAGCCCCGGCUGCCGCUGGACCCCGGCGCCCUCGGGGACGCGCUGGUGCGGCAGCUGGCCCCGCUGCAGGCGCGGGGCCUGUCCCUGCAGUGCCUCUCCUCGGCCAGAGGGGGCGUGGUGCGCGCGGCCGCCUCGCUGCGCCGGGACAUGUCGGGAUCGGACAGCUCCAACGAGCGCCUCAACCGCGGCUUCAACGCGCGCCUCAUGGCCGCCGAGGCGUCGCUGCUGUCCCCGUUCGUGUCCCCUCUGGUCACCCCGUUCCGCCACGUCCUGCUGGGCCGGGGGAGCCACACGCUGCCGGCGCUGGUGGCCGAGCUGGGGACAGCGGGGACAGCGGGGACAGCGGGGACAGCGGAGACAGCGGGGACAGCGGGGACAGAGGGGACAGAGGGGACAGAGGGGACAGCGGGGACAGCGGAGACAGCGGGGACAGCGGGGACAGAGGGGACAGAGGGGACAGCGGGGACAGAGGGGACAGCAGGGACAGAGGGGACAGCGGGGACAGAGGGGACAGAGGGGACAGCGGGGACAGAGGGGACAGAGGGGACGCGUGGGGACAGCGGCGACAGCGGCCACCUGCGGCUGGCGCUGCUGGCCUGGACCCUGCGCGGCACGGCCGGGGCGCUGGCCGGGGACAGCGGGGACCUUGGGGACAUGGGCGGGGCUGGGGACAGCGGCGACUGCGGGGACAUCGGGGGGGCCGGGGACAGCGGGGACAGCGGGGACAGCAGCGGGGCUGGGGACAGUGGGGACAGCGGGGACCGUGGGGACGGCUGGGGUGGCCUUGGGGACAUCGGGGACCGUGGGGACCGCUGGGACCGGGAGAACACAGGGGACCCUGGGGACAGCAAAAGGGACCUCGGGGACACUGAGGGUUGGGGUGGCCUUUGGUGA